AUGUGGGAGAAAGAGACCUCUAUUGAUGAGGAGUUCGAUGAAGAGGAGAGUGACAAGAUUGAAGAGACAGUGCCUGCAGCUGACGAUGGGAAGGGAUCCCCACCAUCUGAUUCAGCAGAGGUGAACGACUAUUUUUUGGACACAUCCAGCACGGAGUCACCCAAGAGUUCUCCUGCAGUUGAAUUUGUAAAAAGAGAACCGAAUGAUGAAUCUAGCGACGAAGGUGGAGGUGGAGGAGGGGGUUACUAUUACGGACAAGGAGCCUUAUACAUAGAAUUGACAAACAUUUUACAUACCCAGAAUUUUAUCUGGUUUCACGAGCUUGGAAAACAGGCUGUACAAGAUGGCUAUAGUAUGACUAUGAUCCAGCCCACAACGCAUGCUCUGACCGUCUACUUCUAUCACCCCAAGGAUGCUGCAAUCGACUUCUUCUCCCCUGAGUUCAUUAAGGAUUCAUUGAGCAGAGCCUUAGUGCAGUACUACCCUCUUGCAGGCCGGUUGCACCCAGGCCCCAGUGACCGGCUUGAGCUCGAGUGCAAUGCAAUGGGAGUUCUGUUUGUAGAAGCUGAGUCGGAUGCUCAGAUAGAUGAUUUUGGUGACUUCAAGCCAGGCCCAGGCCUCAGAGAGCUUGUUCCCAACAUCGACUACAACACCCACAUUGGUGAGUGGCCGUUGCUAUUGGUGCAACUCACCUUCUUCCGUUGUGGAGGUGUCUACAUGGGGAUAGGCAUUGCCCACACGAUCGUCGAUGGAUUUGCCGCAUUGCAAUUCAUCUCAGCAUGGGCGAGGAUUGCACGUGGAGACGCACAUGUGGGCAUCGAUCCAUUCUUCGACCGGACAAUCAUGUAG